AUGCCAAUCCGACCGAAGACACCACCUCCAAGUUCCUUGAAGUCCACUCCGCAUACGAGCUGGCUCUUAAGCGUUGCGAGAAGAGGAGAGCGUCUGUCUCGAUGGUCUCAAAAUCUCCCUCCGAGCCCUCUCGCAAUACACCAACACGGAGAAAAACGCAGCGCAAGGACGAUUGGGACGACAUUUGGAACGACCUCAUGCCGGCCAGCCCUCGCCGCCGGCCGUCCCGCCGGAAGUCCACCAUGA